GCCAAUAGCUAUGGUAACUGUUUCAAUCAUAAUUAACAAUCGCCCAUUAAGUCAACGGCAGUAUUUGUAAUUUGUAAUUAUAUAUAUAUGAAUCCGGCCACAGAAGAACUCAUACCAGUUCAUCAGAAAAUGGAGGACGAAGUGAAGUUGCACUCCUUUAGAGGAAGUCCAUACGGUUGCAGAGUGGAAAUUGCUUUGAAACUCAAGGGAAUCAAAUACGAAUUCAUCCAAGAAGAUCUGAGCAACAAGAGUCAAGACCUUCUCAAAUACAAUCCUGUUUAUAAAAAGGUACCCGUGUUCGUACACAACGGAAAUCCUAUAUCCGAGUCUCUUGUCAUCAUCGAGUACAUCGAUGAAGUGUGGAAAGGAGUUCCAAUUUUGCCUCAGGACGCUUACACGAAAGCUCAGGCUCGGUUUUGGGCCAAGUUCAUUGAUGAAAAGUGCAUUCCUGCAGUAUUCAAGGUUUUUGGUAGCCAUGGAGAUGAGCAAGAUGUUGCAGAGGCUAAUGAACAACUGCAAUUUCUAGAAAAUGAACUGAGUGUGAAAGGCAACAAGUUUUUUGGAGGUGACAACAUUGGGCUGGUUGAUAUUUGUGCUAGUUACAUAGCAUUUUGGGCUGGAGCAGCUGAAGAAGCAUUGGGAAUAGAGCUUGUGACCAAAGACAAGUUCCCAAAACUAAAAGAGUGGUGUGAUAACUGUAUUAACUGUCAAGUUGUCAAGGAUGGUUUGCCUCCAAGAGAAAGACUUGUUGCUUAUUACAAGUGGCGGUUUGGUAAGGCGUAACAGUGUGCGACGGUUGUAAAUGUGUGCGGUGUGUUUAUGAAGUUGAAGUUUGUGCACGGCAUCCAUCGAUGUUAACAAUAAGCAGCUCGUACUGUGUUGUAUGUUACCCAUGAUCUCAUUUCCAAAUACCAGUGUUCUUUACGUGUUUUUUUGUAUCAGAAUGUAUAAAUGCUAAUUUGAUGACGAUGCUCAAACUAAGUUGAUUAAGGGGCUGUUUGUUUACCUCUUAA